GGCAGUUGGUGUCUAGAAAUCGCUGGGUUCGUACGCAUAGAAUAGAAAAAUGUCGAUAUUCGUAAUGUAGAAAAAUUUGUUAAGUGUCUGGUUUACCUUUAAUUGUGUGAGGUGAGGUGUUCUUAGUGAUCUUGUUUGGAUUAUUAAAUACAGUGACUUGAUACAUUCAUUAUUUAUUUUGAUUCGGAUUAAAAGCACGAUUUCUAUUUCAGUUCUGUUCAUUUACAUCACAUCUACGACACUACGAAUGGUGCUUCAACAACCAAAUAAACUAACUAACAACACUUAUUAAACUAAAACUUUUUAUAUGAGUUAGUAACGUGGUUGAUAAACAUAAAAAUCGCGAUAAUUUUGGAGCGAAAAUUUUUUAAGUGACGUUCGAUAGGCUUAAACCGGUAUGUCGUGUAGUUUUCGGUAGUGCAGGUACUUUAUCGAUAACAAAAUGAUGGUGGAAGUGAUAAUUAGCAUAGUGGGAAUAGUUUUUGGAGUAACGGAGGUCAUUGCUAAUGCAGGUGAAUGCCGAGCAGCUCUAGGCAUGGAAGAAGGACGGAUACCUGAUCAUGCAAUAUCGGCUAGUUCUUCUUAUGAGGCUAAAUCAGUAGGACCACAAAACGCCAGGAUAAGACAAGAAAAAAAUGGUGGUGCUUGGUGCCCAAAAGCUCAAAUAAGUAGUGACGUAAAAGAAUAUCUAGAGGUCGAUCUUCAAAAACCUCAUUUGAUGACAUGGACCGAAACUCAGGGACGUUUUGGUAACGGUCAAGGUCAAGAAUUUGCUGAGGCUUUUUUAGUUGAAUAUUGGAGACCAUCGCUAAACCAAUGGAUUACUUACAAGGAUUCCCGAGGAGAAAAAGUGUUAACCGGAAAUAGUAAUACGUAUUUGGUUGUUCGGCAGAGAUUGGAGUUGCCUUUUAUCGCCAGUAAAGUUCGUUUUAUUCCAUACAGUGAACAUCCAAGGACGGUUUGUAUGCGCGUGGAGUUAUAUGGUUGUCCAUGGGAACAAAAUGUGAUCAGAUACGAAGCACCAAGAGGUGAAGUGCGGGAGCCCGAUAUUGAUUUAGAAGAUAUUAGCUACGAUGGAACUCUCGAUGGACGAAUGAUGAGAGGUGGUUUGGGUCAAUUAGUAGAUGGUCUUUAUGGAGAUAAUGACUACCAAAGGCAGUUACAAGGGGAGCAGUCAGGUAGCAGAUGGGUAGGUUGGAACAGCGAUACUCACAAUGGUCUUCCGAUAAAUCUAACGUUCGAAUUUGAUUCAAUUCGAGAAUUUUCAGCACUACAUCUUCAUUGCAACAACAUGUUCACAAGAGGAGUACAGAUUUUCUCUUCAGCUGAAGUAUGGUUUAGUCUCAAUGGCGAAAGAUAUCAAUCGGCAGGAGUUCGAGCGAUUAUACCUCCUGAUCGGAUGCGCGAAACAGCACGAAACGUAACGAUAAAACUUCGUGGACGACCGGCUAGAUUUGUAAGGAUUAGAUUAUCCUUCGGUGACAAAUGGCUGUUGAUCAGUGAGAUUGUCUUCGAUUCAGUUGCUCUUACAAAUAACCUCACCGAAGAUGAUCUUCAGAGAUACUACCUUGUUCCGGACAUUUUACCUACUACCACGGCACCGGGAGUACCUAGUGGAGAAAGUACUCAUGCAAGAAAAGAAGUCACUCCAGCAACCAGCCCGACUUCUAGUACACAAGCUUAUAUUGGACUCAUCACCGGAGCGUUAGCUAUGAUUAUUCUGUUAUUAGCUUGUACCGUAUUUCUAAUGAUUAGAAGAGGAAGAAAAAAGGUUGCUCUACUACACAAACAUACUGCGCUGGUUUCAAGCAGCACAAAACCUACUACUAUCAACAUGAAAGAUUUGAAAAAUAAUAUGUCAACACCGAUUAUAAACAAUGGUUUGUCUAGAUCCCGGCUUUCUGUAAAGAGCAAAGAAAACACCAUAGGAUCUGUGGGCUCUAAAAAAGCUAAAAAAUGUAAUCUUUAUGGAAAUGUAGCAGGAGAAGAAUCGGAUAGUGAAAAUUCUUCAGUAUACCAUGAACCCUAUAAACUAUUACCUAAUCCUAACCAAGAAUAUGGAUGUUUACUAAAAAAAGAGGGACUAACAUCUAGUAAAAGUGGAGAAUAUACAGAUUUCACAAGCGUCAACAGUUUUCCGGAGGAAAUGAAAUAUACGACGCAAACGCCUUCGACGACAGCUUUCUACAAUAUGACACCUCCGCCUCCACCAUCUUCUCGACCACCAACAUAUGACGUACAAAAUGGGACACUACCCCAAAACGGAACAAUUAUAACUGAGAACUACUACGCGGCAACGGACAUCAUCAAGGGCGAACGGAGAGAACAGCACUUUACUCCGGGUAGAUUCACUCCUAUCAAGCUUCCAGAAGGUCCGCCACUCGAAGGAGUAGCUCAUCUUCUAGAUUUUCCCAGACAUCGCUUGAGAUUAUUAGAGAAAUUAGGGGAAGGAGAUUUUGGAAUGGUGCAUUUGUGCGAAGCGGAAGGACUACCCGACUUUAACGGUGCUUCAUCAUUCCACAAAAAACAGUUGGUUAUUGUCAAGAGUUUAUGGAGAGGUUGUGGAGACGCUAAGAGACACGAGUUUUUGAGAGAAACAAGCUGGUUAGCAGGCCUUCGCGAUCCUAAUCUGGCGAGAGUUGUUGGAUUUUGUAGCCAAGAUGAGCCUAUGUGUGCUUUAAUGGAGCAUUCUGAGCCAGGAGAUCUACCAAGAUUUUUAACCCAAAGAGCCGUUGGCGAAGAUAAUAGUACUAAUAAGGCACCUUCCAUAAGCUAUGGAUGUCUUAUAUACGUAGCUACACAAGUAGCUUCCGGCAUGAAAUAUUUGGAAUCUUUAGAUCUGGUUCAUAGAGAUUUAGCCGCUAGGAAUUGUGUAAUUGACAAGAAUUUCACAGUUAAAGUGUCUGAUCACGCCAUGUAUUGCGAUCGUUACGAAAAUGACUAUUACAUCAGUGACACAAAAGCUAGAUUACCUUUAAGGUGGAUGUCCUGGGAAGCUCUAUUAUUGGGUCGGCAAACUACGAAAAGUGAUGUCUGGGCUUUUGCAAUUACCUUGUGGGAAAUAUUGAUGCUUUGUACUCAACAACCUUAUGCAGAACUAACUAGCGAACAAGUUGUAGAAAAUAGUAACCAUUGGUAUCAAAACGACGGCUGCCAAAGGUACCUUCCGAGACCAUCAGCUUGUCCUAGAGAAAUAUAUGAUUUGAUGGGUGAAUGUUGGAAACGUAACGCAGCCGAUAGACCCCGAUUUUCGGAAAUCCAUUUAUUCUUACAAAGAAAAAAUUUAGGAUACAUGCCUGCCCCGAAUUCGCAAGUGUAAACGAAAUUAAUGUGGUAAAUUAAAAAAGACUUAUAAUCGUAAUUUCAAUUUUUAGUAUGAAUGUUAUUUUUCUCGACUGAAUGCGACACAGGUACUACUUUAGGUUAAGAGACUCUUAUUAGGUAAUAACAAAAAUGUGAAGUUUUAUAACAGCCUUUAAACUUAAUUAUGGGGGUGGUACAUAAUUCUCACAAACUUCUUUAUGCCCAAUAAUCUCAAAAAUUAUACUACUCUCAAAAUUACACGAAUAAAUAUCAAAGAAACAAAA